GUGGUGGGGGGGAAAAACCCGAGUGUCCUUGCGCGCGGCGCCCCGCGACGAUGGUGUCCCGCAUGUGGUCAGUGUUGAGGUUGGUGCUCAAGGGCAGCGUGGCCGGCGGCGCCGUCUACCUGGUGUACGACCAGGGCCUGCUGGGCACCGGCGACAGGAGCCAGCUGGCCCUGAAGAAGUACGAGGAGGUGGUGACCCCCGCCCUGUACCAGGCCGGCCAGUACGUGAGCGAUCAGACCGGCCUGAAGAUGCCCCAGCUCCCCGCCCUCCCCAAGGUGAACUUUCGCUUCCGGGACUCGUGGGACUCAGGCAUCGUGACCGUGAUGAAGGCCCUGUCAGAAGCCCCCUCCAGGGCCUGCCAGUACACGCAGCAGGGCUGGGACUAUGUGAAGGAGCGUGUCAAGUAGCCCGGAAGACUCGGCGGACCCCACACAAGCCCCCCCGCGUGCCUGCCAGGCCCUCCUGGCAUCCAAUAAAGGACUCUGGAGGAA